AUGCCCGUCGCGCCCCCGGACGGCCUCCUCGCGGCGAUCGGCGAUACGGUUGAAGACGGCGGGAGGUUUCUUCGAGGCGCGUGUGAUCCCCGAUGGCUGGCGCGGACUCCCAGCUGCAGCCUCGGAACGGACACGGCGCGAUCCCCGCCGGAGCUCGAGCUCGUCGAGUGCGACUGCUGCGGCCUCGCGGAGGAGUGCACGCUGGAGUACAUCGGGCGCGUGCGGGAGCGGUUCGGCGGGCGGUGGAUCUGCGGCCUCUGCGCGGAGGCCGUGAAGGACGAGGCGGUCCGAUCGGAGGGGGGCAUCGACGGGGAGGAGGCGCUGGGCCGGCACAUGAAGUUCUACGAGCAGUUCCGGUCGUCGAGCCCGCCGGCGAACCCGACGGAGGACUUGAUAUCGGCGGUGAAGCAGCUCCUGAGGCGGACCCUGGACUCUCCCAGGAAGCCGGGCUCGGCCUGCCGGCCGAUGAUGGUGCGAUCCAAGAGCUGCUUCUCGGCAUUGUCUGAAUGACGGUUUCGCCGCAGCAUUUCCGGGGAUCAGAGGUAGAGAAAGUAGAACCGAUGACGAAUAACACGACUGCAGCGUAGGAGUUAGAAAUCUUCUCUAGUUUAGCGCGACGUAGGAUCUGUCGAGCUUCUAAUCUAGUUCAACGCUUCCCUGAUCAUCUCAGUGCGUCCCAUUUCUCAUGGCUAAUGUCCGUCUGAUUCAAACCCUCGAUCAUUACCGACACGUUAUGCAGAGAAAGGCUGACGGAAUCUUCCUCCCUCCAGAGAAUGUUAUUCAGUUCUUCCCAGCUUUCUUGUGCGUGUCUUUAGAAUCCCUUCGAAUAUAUUUUUAUGCCUCGCGAUCGUUUCGCAGAUCUUUCAGAUGCA